AUGGCUAAUGUAGAAGAAGCGGCCCGCCGGCUGUCAAAAACUGGGAGCACCCUCUACACUGUGCUGGAGCUGAAGAAGGGGGCUUCUCCCGAAGACGUCAAAAAGGCCUACAGGAGACUGGCCUUGAAGUAUCACCCAGACAAGAAUCCAGGGAAUCCUCUCGCGGCAGAAACGUUCAAGGAGAUCAAUACCGCCCAUUCCAUCCUGAGCGACCCGAAGAAGAGGAAGAUCUACGACAAGCACGGCUCUCUAGGGAUCUAUAUAUAUGAUCACUUCGGCGAAGAGGGCGUCAAGUACUAUUUUAUGAUGAAUAGUUGGUGGUUCAAGACGCUUCUCUUCCUGUGCUGUCUGCUCACCUGCUACUGUUGCUGCUUCUGUUGCUGCUUCUGCUGCGGGACACUCAAGCCUCCAUCUGAGGAAACGGCCAGAAGAAGGUUUCAGAACGCCCAGAAUCAGCAGCCUCCUCCGAGAGCAAGUGAGAGCCUGAGUUAG